AUGCUUCGGAUUCCUCGUCGCGUGGUGGCCACUGGGGCCAUUGCAUUUGAGUUACAUGGAUUUGGUGAUGCAACAUUAGAAGCUUAUGGUGCCUGCGUGUACAUCAGGUCGAUUGUACCUGGUCAAGCUGCAGUACUGAAGUUAUUGUGCGCAAAGUCGAAGAUCGUUCCGAAGACUGUAUUGACCAUACCAAGAAAGGAACUUCUAGCAGCCCUUUUGCUGCACCGAUUGGUGAAGAAGGUACUUGCAGCAUUAGCGUUGUGCUUUCGAGACAUUUUGUUAUGGUCGGACAAUCAAGUGGUGCUAGCUUGGCUAGCGAAGAACCCGGAACAUUUAGAAGUGUUUGUUCGGAACCGGGUUAGUGAGAUUAACUCUACUGGACAUCAAUUUAAGUGGAAAUAUGUAAGUACGCUGGAAAAUCCAGCCGAUGUAGUGUCGCGCGGCCAAUCUGCCGACGCUCUUCAAAGGAACGAUCUAUGGUGGAAUGGUCCGUUGUUUUUGCGCAGUGAAGAUUAUCAGAUGGUGGUCCCGAAACCACUAUCCGAGGAAGAUGUUCCUGAGUUGCGGCAGACCACUGUAUCUUCUUCGGUGGUUUCAUUGGAGAAACUGCCGAUGUUCUACAAGUACGAGUCAUUCAGGAAGCUGCAGCGAGUUCUGGCAUACGUCUUGCGUUUUUGCCAAAAUGCCAAGAAGAAGGUGCAUAACAGGAGAAUUACUGAGCGAUUUCCCACCGUUCUGGAAAUGCGCCACUCGUUGGAGGUAAUCGUCAGGGUGAUACAAUUACAGCAUUUUGGUAACGAGGUAGCCAUCAUCAAGUCCGGUGAGUACUGUAAAAGAUUCAAAACGUUAAAUCCCUUUUUGGACGAUGGAAUGAUUCGUGUCGGUGGACGACUACGACAUUCAAGUUUGCCUUAUGGUGUAAAGCAUCAAUGGAUCUUACCUAAGAACGAUGAAACCGUCCAACGGUUAAUUCAAACUGUGCAUCGAGAGAACCUGCACAUAGGACCGUCGGCGCUACUCGCCCAGCUUCGCCGGCAAUUUUGGAUUCUGGGAGCCCGUUCUGCUGUACGCAAGGUGACACGAAAUUGUGUGCGGUGUUUCCGGCUCAACCCUCCGUGCGCCAGUCAAUUCAUGGGGGAUCUUCCCGUCGCAAGGUGCGACCAGGCUUCCUCAUUCAUGAAGGUUGGAGUUGACUUUGCGGGUCCCAUUCUCAUUAAACAAAGAGGAAGAAAGAUGGCUCCUGUAAAGGGUUACGUGAGUGUUUUUGUUUGCAUGGUCACCAAGGGCAUUCAUUUGGAGGUAGUAGAAGACCUUUCUACAGAUGCGUUCAUCGCCGCCCUGCAGCGAUUCGUCUCUCGUCGUGGUGUCCCUGAGCAGAUAUUUUCCGACAAUGGGACAAAUUUCAUCGGUGCUCGCAACGAGCUGAACGAGCUUUAUCGGCUUUUCAAGCAGCAAGCCACCGAACUCAAGAUUUUUGAAUUCUGCCAACCUCGGCAGAUUCAAUGGAAGAUGAUUCCACCGAAUUCCCCACACAUGGGUGGGAUCUGGGAGGCAGGUGUUAAGAGCGUCAAGACCAUCCUUAAGAAGAAAUGUCAGUCAAGCCUCCUAACGAUGUCCGAGUUUUCGACUCUGCUUUGCCUGAUCGAGGCUCAACUCAACUCUCGGCCGUUGUACGCUCCAUCUGAAGAUCCUUCGGAAUUUGAGCCGCUAACUCCGGGGCAUUUUUUAAUCGAUCGUCCUUUGACUGCCAUCCCGGAGCCAAGUUAUGAAGGAAUUCCGGAAAAUCGUCUUUCCAGAUGGCAGUAUGUCCAGCGCCUGCGUCGAGAAUUCUGGAAGCGCUGGUCCGAUGAAUAUCUGCUGGAGUUGCAGGUACGACACAAGUGGAAUAGGAAGAAGGAGAACAUUCUACCUGGAACGGUGUUGGGUAAGGUCGAGGCAAACUACACUGGAUCGGAUGGAUUGGUCCGUGUGGUGGACGUUCGAACUAAAGCUGGUCUUCUGAAGCGUCCGAUCCACAAGCUGGCCCCGCUACCUAUACUGGACAACGAGCGCAAAGAACCCGUGGGGGAGGAUGUUCGAGCCAUCCGUCACGAAUAA